AUGAUUUCCACCAGCCUCCACCAGUACUCGCCUGCCUUCAGCCAUCUCCCCACACCGAACAUGGUCAGCCACGAACAACACCUGGCCGCGCAGCAUAUGGGCCCGUCGCCGCUCGACACUCUGGCCCAUACCUCGCAGUAUGCUGCGCUUCAAUUCCACCACAACCGCCAGAUGUUGCCUAAUGCCAAGGGUAUCGUUAAGCAACAUCGCAUACCGUACUCCAACGGGCCCAUAGCUGCCGCACCCCGCAACCAGCGCGAGGCAAUGCUUCACGAGCGAACAGGACGCGGAGCUGCAACGUCUGGCCCGGUGCGACGCCGCAUCUCCAGGGCGUGUGACCAGUGCAAUCAAUUGAGGACCAAAUGUGACGGGAAGGCGCCGUGUGCGCAUUGUAUGGAGUUUGGUUUGACGUGCGAGUAUGUACGUGAACGCAAGAAGCGCGGCAAGGCUUCAAGAAAAGACAUCGCCCAGCAGCAGGCCGCGGCGGCAGCAGCAGCAGCCGCAGUCGCUAAUGGCACCGCACCUCCAUCGGGCGACGGAUCUGCUUCUGGUAGCCCUCAGUCACGGAGCAACGGUUUUGCUGAGGAGCAGAAGAUGGCCGAGUCUUCACAGAGCGGUGUGGAGCAGUCCGAUGCCCAGCGGCCCUUGCCCGAUCUGCCUCCCCAGAGCCUUCCAACCCCGGGCCGUUCAGCCAGCAUGGCAACGACCCGAGGCAUGGAGACUCCAAUGUACCAAAAUGUCGCUCCAAUGGCACGGACGAUGAGUAUGGGUGCCAUUGACCGGAUGCCUGAGCCCAAUGUUCAUCAGAUGCCCGUCCCCAACGACACCAUAGGACCAAUGCAACCUCCUCGAAUUCAGACUUCUGGACUACAGAUGCACGACCGCUCGAUAGUAGCUAUUCCUGAGUAUGCGUCCAUGGAGGACUUCCACCGCAACCUUAUGCAUCAAUCACCACACCCUAUGAUGCAGAACGGCAUGCCCCAUCCGAUUAUCCCUUCAAACGGCAUGCCAGAGUAUACCGACAGCCCCUAUUCCAUGAUGAGCCCGCAGAGUGCGCAAGCACCACCCAACGCUUUCCGGAUGGGUACCGCAGAAUCACCAAUGCCCGGAUUUAUUGGAAACUCUCCCGUCGCUGGAUCUCCCGGAUGGCUUUCUCUCCCUUCGCCAUCAACUACUAUGUACCCAGGUGCACAGCACAUGAAUGCUUCUCAACAACUGCGGUAUCCGGUUUUGCAGCCAAUUGUACCACACCUCACCAACAUCAUCCCAAUUUCAUUGGCAUGCGAUUUGCUGGAAUUAUAUUUCCAAUCCUCGUCUUCCGCCUUCAUGCAACCAAUCUCGCCGUACGUGCUCGGUUACGUCUUCCGGAAACGCUCGUUCUUGCGACAGAGCAAUCCACGCUUGUGCAGCCCAGCGCUACUCGCAAGUAUGCUUUGGAUUGGCGCACAGACAAGCGAGUCACCUUAUUUGACCUCACAGCCGUCAGCACGGGGCCAAAUUUGCGAAAAGCUUCUCAAUUUGACCAUAAGCCUCCUAAAGCCGCUCAUUCAUUCGUCCCCUAGUAGCGAAGCUAGCCCCACAUACACCAAUCCAGUCAUUAAUGGCGUCGCCCUCGGUGGCUUUGGCAUGCCUGCACAAGAGACGGAAAGAGGUUCGCCUGGUGCUACAGGUGGCUUGGACGACGUUGCAACCUACAUGCAUCUUGCUAUUGUUGUGUCUGCCAGCGAGUACAAAGCCGCGAGCCUUCGCUGGUGGAAUGCUGCCUGGUCUUUGGCAAGGGAAUUGAAGCUCGGUAGGGAGGUGCCAAACACACCUCCGCCGGAACAUGGUGAAGAAGAUGAUACCGACGCUCCAGGUGAAGUUGACAUGGAUCACAUGAAUGGACCGCAUUCGAAUGGACAGAAUAGUCCCGCAAACCUCACAGAAGAGCAGAGAGAAGAGCGCAGGCGGAUUUGGUGGCUCUUGUACACCAUGGACCGUCACUUGGCACUGUGCUAUAACAGGCCAUUGUUCUUUUUGGACAGAGAUUGCGAUGGCCUUUAUCAACCGGUAGAUGACUCCCUCUGGCAAGCCGGAGAGUUUUUCGAUGGGGACUCCGCUCAAUCGUUUUCAGAUACAACCUCCCCUUAUUUACACCGACGACGAGGUCCAACCUUUGAGUGCACCGGACACUCCAUAUUCGGAUUUUUCCUUCCUCUGAUGACUAUACUCGGGGAGAUAGUCGACUUGAAUCACGCCAGAAAUCACCCCCGUUUUGGUGUACGCUUCAAGAACGGCUCCGACUGGGACGAUCACGCCGCUGAGAUUACUCAUCAGCUCGAAGCCUACGGCGACAGCCUGCAAGAAUUUAAGACACGAGCGGUCAACGAAGCUAAUGCAGAAUCUCAUGAUGCAAUGCAGCAUGAGGUCGGAGGUACUCCCUCCGCCCGAUCCGUCAAUUCUUCGUCUUCACGCGCCCAGGAAUCACUGCUCCUUGCUAAGAUUGUAGUUGCGUAUGGCACACACCUGAUGCAUACCCUUCACAUUCUUCUCAAUGGAAAGUGGGACCCGAUUUCCCUGCUAGACGAUAAUGACCUGUGGAUAUCAUCGCAGUCGUUCAUUGACGCGACAGGGCAUGCAGUAUCAGCCGCGGAGGCUAUCAACGAGAUCCUGGAGCACGAUCCCGAUCUCAGUUUCAUGCCCUUCUUCUUUGGGAUCUAUCUUUUGCAGGGGAGCUUCCUCUUGCUCUUGAUAGCCGACAAACUCCAGGGCGAUGCAAACCCCAACGUGGUCAAGGCGUGCGAGACAAUCGUGCGAGCGCAUGAAGCUUGUGUUGUCACGCUCAACACAGAGUAUCAGCGAAAUUUCCGGAAGGUCAUGCGCUCCGCAUUAUCGCAAGUUCGGGGACGCGGCGGCAUGGACGAGUUCGGUGGCGACUAUGCUCAGCUCCAUCGUCGUCAGGUUCUGUCACUGUACCGAUGGACUGGUGACGGCACUGGCCUUGCGCUCUGA